CGGCCUCCCGCCAUGCAGCACUACGGGGUGAACGGCUACUCCCUGCACGCCAUGAACUCCCUGAGCGCCAUGUACAACCUGCACCAGCAGGCCGCGCAGCAGGCGCAGCACGCGCCCGACUACCGGCCCUCCGUGCACGCGCUCACGCUGGCUGAAAGACUGGCUGACAUCAUCCUGGAGGCUCGCUACGGCUCCCAGCACCGCAAGCAGCGCCGCAGCCGCACGGCCUUCACGGCGCAGCAGCUGGAGGCGCUGGAGAAGACCUUCCAGAAGACCCACUACCCGGACGUGGUGAUGCGCGAGCGGCUGGCCAUGUGCACCAACCUGCCCGAGGCCAGGGUGCAGGUUUGGUUCAAAAAUCGCCGAGCAAAGUUCCGUAAGAAGCAGCGCAGCCUGCAGAAGGAGCAGCUCCAGAAGCAGAAGGAGGUGUCGGGAGAAGGAGGAGGAGAAAAGGAGGACACACCUCCCUCUGCCACUGUCCUCCCUGAGGCCCAGCUGCCCCCCCUGUCCGCCUCGUCCUCGUCCUCCUCCCUGGAGGCCGAGGGUCCGCUGGUCCGCCCCGUGCCGCUGGACAUGGAGCUGAACGUCACGUCAGCGGAACAUUCGGGCAGCGAGUCGGCGACGGAGGAUAAUGCCACGGAUAAGGAGGACGAGGGCAAAUCUCAGAGAGAGGAGCUGACGUGUGAGAGGGCAGUGACCCCGGGGGACGUGUCUCCUGGGUGCAAAAGACUCAGUCCUAAGCCCGAUUCCCCUGCUGUGUCUCCGUCGGUGACGCCGUCCUCCUCCAGCAGCAGCCUGGCCGGCGCCCCGCUCUCCCAGAGCCACUCCUACUCCUCGUCCCCUCUCAGCCUCUUCCGCCUGCAGGAGCAGUUCCGGCAGCACAUGGCCGCCACCAACAACCUGGUGCACUACCCCGCGUUCGACCUCGCCGCCCCGUCCACUCUCCCGUACCUGGGGAUGAAUGUUAACAUGCCCCCGGCGCCGCUGGGCUCGCUGCCCUGCCAGUCCUACUACCAGUCCCUGUCCCACCACGCCCAGCAGGUGUGGAACAGCCCGCUGCUGCAGGCGUCCGCCGCCGGCGGCCUCGCCAGCCACAACAGCAAAACCACCAGCAUCGAGAACCUGCGUCUGAGGGCCAAGCAGCACGCCGCCUCGCUGGGGCUGGACUCCAUGUCUAACUGAGAGCCUC